AUGCUCUUCUCAGGUUUCAUUCUACUCCCCGCCUUGUUGGCAUCCGUCAUGGCAUCCGUAACGGCAUCCCCAGUUCUGGCCGCAGAGAAUGGACAUCACUCUGAUCAAGUCAUUGCACGCACUCUCUAUCAAUUUGAAAAUGGCACCCGGAUCGAGAAUAUCGCUGUGCGUAAGAACGGGAAUCUUCUCGUUACCUUAUCCGAUCGGCCCGAGCUGUACGAAAUUGACCCAUUCAACCCGGCCGCUCCGAAGCUCAUCCACCACUUCGCUGGCUAUUCGGGCCUGGGUGGUAUCACCGAAACUGCACCAGACCAUUUUACGGUGAACGCGGGGAACAUCACUUUUGAACCAUUCCGUGCCUUGGACUUCAACAACUGUGGAGGUAGAGCCAAGGUUUCCAAAGUUACCGACAUGCCUGACGCUCUGUACCUCAACGGCAUGACAACUCUGGAUUCUCGGGCUGGCACUAUCCUCACGGGCGAUUGCGCCAGUGGUUGCGUCUUCCGUAUUGAUACGCGGACUGGAGACUACACUGUGGCGCUCGACGACGAACUGUUGCAGCCUCCGCCGAACGCCAUAUUGCCUGUCGGCGUCAACGGCAUCAGGUUGAUCGGGCACUAUCUGUACUUUAUGAAUACUUUUAAAGCGCUUUACGGCCGCGUUCCCGUGGACCUAGUUACCGGGAAAGCGAAGGGGCCGUACGAAGUACUAGCUGCAAACAUUAUCUCCGACAAUCUUGCUGUUCGGUCAGGUGUCGGAUACCUUGCGGGCAGCCAAGGGAACGUCAUCUAUGAAGUUCAAUCUCACGGAGACAGAAAGGUUAUCGCUGGUAACUUGAAUUCGACCGUGGCCCCUAGUUCUACCUCAGCUGCGUUCGGAAGAACUAGGAAGGAUAAGAAUACUCUAUACGUCGUUACCAGUGGAACGGAGGCAGCCCCUGUUAGUGGAAUGUAUAUUGAACCGGGGAAGGUGGUGGCUCUGGAUGUACAUAGCUUCAACUGUUAAAAUCUGAUGAAUUGUGGGCGUAUAAGGGUUAAGUGGCAACAAUCCUAUCGCGUACAAUCACUCCCACCUGCCUCAAGGCAUAGUCCUUUCGUUCCUCAAGGCAAGGCAUUAGUGGGAGAAGUUGAAAGCUGGCUGUUGGCGGAGGCUUGAUACAAAUCACG